UAUUGGUGUACGAUCCACAGCUUUAACUGCCGGGCACAACUGACAGCUCAUAGUUGCUCUACUGGAAUAAUGUCUGGUGCCGCCGGUUUGUAAUGCGGUCGAGAUAAAAGUUCCCACACUAUGGCAGCAUUAUGAUUCUUCUUCGUAGAAAGCAGCGGACACCUGGUAAACUCCACACCUGACUACAGUUUUCACAGAGCCAAAGGAAGUUCAAAAUGAGCUCUCAGGACAUACUGCAGAGUGUGUCCACUCUAGCGUCCUAUAACGUGUUGCUGCAGGUAAUGUUCCGUGUGCUCACCUUUCUCCUGAAUGCCUUUACGCUGCGGUUUGUGUCCAAAGAGCUGAUUGGGGUGGUCAAUGUCAGGCUUACACUGCUGUAUUCCACAUUAGUGUUUUUGUCCAGAGAGGCUUUCCGGAGGGCCUGUCUGAGCGGGCAAUCGGGCAAAAACCACAGCUGGAGACCAGUUAUCAAUCUCCUAUGGAUGACGGUACCCCUUGGUGUGUUAUGGGCAGUACUGCUGUCAUAUGUGUGGCUUUGGCUCCUAGAGGUCCCAGAUGCUCACACUGUCCCUUACUACAGUCCUGCUGUGGUGCUGUUUGCCUUAUCUGGGGUGCAGGAGCUCCUGGCGGAACCCUUGUGGGUCUUGGCUCAAGCUCACAUGUUUGUCCGAUUGAAAGUGGUGGCUGAAAGCUUAGCAAUGAUCGCAAAGUGCAGCAUAACUGUGGUGCUGGUGGUGUUUUCCCGUGAAUGGGGCCUUUACAUCUUCUCUGUUGCUCAUUUGGUGUACACAGGGAUCCUGGUGCUAUGCUAUGCUGUUUACUUCAUUCGUUUCCUGGGUUCCAAAGAGGCAGCGAGGAAUAGUUUCCCACUGCGCCAUGUUAGAGAUUUGCUGCCCCGCAGACAGUAUGGAGAGCCGUUAGUCGACAGGAAUCUAGCGCGGCUCACUUGGAGCUUCUUCAAGCAAUCCUUCCUGAAGCAGAUCCUGACCGAGGGUGAGCGAUACGUCAUGACCUUUUUGAACGUCCUCAGCUUUGGAGAUCAGGGUGUUUAUGAUAUCGUCAAUAAUCUGGGCUCCAUGGUGGCGCGCUUCAUCUUCUUGCCAAUUGAAGAAAGCUUCUACAUAUUCUUUGCCAAAGUGCUGGAGAGAGGGCGCGAUGUCAAAAGUCAGAAACAGGAAGAAGUUGCCAUUGUCGCAGAGGUCCUGGAGUGCCUGCUGAAACUGGUGCUGGUGAUUGGUCUGAUUAUCACAGUGUUUGGUUAUGCAUACUCUCACCUGGCUCUGGAUAUUUAUGGCGGCUCUCUGCUUAGUAGUGGGUCAGGGCCCAGUUUGCUGCAGUGCUACAGCUGCUAUGUCCUCCUGCUUGCUGUGAAUGGUGUAACAGAGUGUUUUGUUUUUGCUGUCAUGAGCCAAGAAGAGGUUGACAAGUACAACUUCAUCAUGCUGGCCCUGUCUGUCUCCUUCCUCUUCCUGUCAUACGUACUGACAGGGUGGGCUGGCAGUGUUGGCUUCAUACUGGCAAACUGCCUCAAUAUGGGCCUCCGUAUCUUACACAGCCUGCUUUACAUACACCAGUACUUCCAGUUGAGUCGGUGGAAACCUCUGCGAGGCCUGUUGCCCUCCCCUCCCAUACUGCUGGCGUUAGGCGUCAGUGCAGUUGUCACAGCAGUUUCUGAGGCUUUUUUCUGCUGCGACAGCGGCUUGCUUCUGAGGCUCGUCCAUAUCGGCGUGGGGGCAGUAUGUCUGCUUGGUGUGGUCAUAGCUGUUCUUCUCACAGAGACUAAGCUUGUUCAGUUUGUGAGCACUCAGCUGCUGCCUCGAUUCAGAAAGAAGCGCACUUAAAUUAGACAUAAAACUGUUACACCUGACUCAAAGAAAUCAUGUGUUUCCACUACAAACUGAGCGACAGUUACUGAGUAUGGGAAAGCCGGGGAACAACCUUUUCUUUCUAAGGACCUCACAUGUGUCAUGAGCGUGUGUGAAUCUGUGAGUUUUAUAUAAAAAAUGUUAUGAAUGUUUCAGGAUUUAGUUGUGGGUUUAAAAAAGUGGAUGUAUUUUAAUAAAACUCUUUAUUGUUUUACACAAUGACCAUGACCACUGUAUUUAUAUCUGUGGUGUUUUUCCAGGAAUUAAAUGUAAAAAAGUUUGGGUUUAAAUACUGCGUUUAUGUGUCGCUCACCUACCUCUGUAGCUGUUUUGGUGAAACAGUUGUGCACAAACUAAGGCAGGCGCUCUCAGUGUUGACUGAUUGGAGUAGAGUUGUAUUUAAGAAGCAGUACAACAU